AUGGCGAAGGCCGGGCACCUGGCGUUGGACAAUCCUGUUGCUGCAGGAGGCACCGUUGUCAUGGGGCUGACGGCCUGUCUGAUCAUUGCCAAUGCAAUAGGCCUGCAGCCCGGCCGCCACCCGGCACCGAUCUUUGCGACACGUGAUCGUCCGAAUGCUCUGCGGGUCCCCGAACCUGAUGACCGGCGCAGCGGAUUGCAGGUUCAGGAGAUCUCGACCCUGGUGCUCGACCUGCAGAUUUCGCUUCGAAGGAUAGGUCUUUACGAAGGACCUCUCGACGGGCUCAGCGGGCCUGCAACCGAGCGCGCCAUACGUGCCUUUGAGCGGCGUGCGGGGCAAGCGGAAACAGGCAAGGCUCACGAAGGCCUGCUCGCCCUGAUCUUGAUGCACGGCGACGAACCAGCCGAAUCGUUUGUUCCGGUCCCGCGCGCCAAGCCGGGUUUUUCCGGCACAUCUGUGCAAGACAUACCGGUCGCUUCGGAUGUCGAUGUCGACGCCAACCCGCAACUCAUGAGGAUCCAGAAAGCCUUGUCAGACCUUGGCUAUGGGCCGCUGAAAGCUGAUGGUGUCAUGGGUUCCAAUACGACAGCUGCCAUCAAGCGUUUCGAGCUGGACCGUGGCCUGCCGUUAACCGGAGAGCCCGGUUCGAAAACAAUCGAAAAUCUGGAAAUGAUCAGUGGCCGGAGCCUGUCAGGCUAA